AAGGAUCACUUAUAGAAACUCAGAGGUAAAACAAAUGAGAAUAAGCUGGAGUGUACGAUGUUAUAAAGGCUGGCGCGGUCCACGCAGCCUCAGUGCGUGCUCCCGGCAGUGGUCAAGAGGAAAGAUGACGCGCGUGUAUCAAGUAUUUGUCAUAGCAGCCGUUGUGUCGACAGUGGCUAGUGGUUAUGUCAGCUACCCCACGUACUCCGCACCCCCCGUGGCCCCCGCGCUCGCCGCGCCCAAGUCGCCUGGAGGAUACGGCUUCUACAAGGGAGACCAAGGCUAUAAUUCGUAUCCGAAAUACGCCUUCGACUAUUCAGUGAGUGACCCGCACACCGGCGACCACAAGACGCAGUGGGAGACUCGCGAUGGCGACGUUGUCAGAGGUGCUUAUUCCCUCGCCGAACCCGAUGGGACAAUAAGACUAGUCGAGUACACCGCUGAUGAUGUCCAUGGCUUCAGGGCUACAGUGAGGAAAAUCGGCCAACCGCGCCCCCAAGUGUAUAGAAAACAAUACUUUGUUCCUGGAUACGGCCGCUAGAUGUCACGUCUUCGAGCUUCUAAUAGAUCACGCUAGAUGGCGUUGUUUAGUUACAAAAUAUUUGUGUCAUCUGCUAGAUGGCGCUACGAUGCAGUUAUAUUGCAUUUUAUAAGAGUUACCAAAGCAUAUUAAUUAUUAAGUACUAUUUUAGAUUUACCAUUUCAAAUCUAAUUAUAUGUCUUACCUGUUUGCUACUUACAUUUAAAAUGUGUAAUUUAUAUACCU